AUGCAAAGCAUUUUAUGCCGAUUUUAUCACGUACAAUCCUUAAAUGAUUCUUUAUUUAAUCCCUAGUCAUUCCAUGUUACCAUUGCGAAGCACUUGUUUAAUAUCCGUUACCUCGAAGGAUCUACAAAUGCGUCUUAAAGGUCUUUCGAUCUGAGGUUGUCUGCAUAAAGUUCACAGCAAAGAAGUAAACAUGGCCUGGUCUAUGGGAUGUUGCCAAAAAGACACACCCCCUGAAGAGAUGAACGCCGACCUAUUUUUUGCCAGGGUAUCAGGUGACUCAAAAAAAAGUACCACGUUGAAUUUACAGGGCAUGCCCUUUUCAAAAACAGACAGAGAGAAGAGACCUGUGAAAAUCCGUCCGCCUAGCCCAAGGACCUCUCCAAGGCCCUCUCCAAGGCAAUCUGCAGGCUGCAGCCUGUUGUGCGAACCCCCGACCAAAUCCAUCAUCCAGCGACGGAGUCAGUCUCUCCCAUCUCCAUCAGAGAGGAGGAGGCUGAGUCGCAGAACAGGUGUUCGAUUUGUGGACUCCUUGGGAUUGGAUUUGGAAAAUGUAAAGGUCUUCAAAAGCGGAGAAGACCCCUUCGUCCCAGAGCAUGUUCUCUUCCGGCUUUUAAUGAAUGCAGAAUUAUCCUCAAGUAAGAGGCUGGAGAUCGCAAUACCAUAUUUGCAACCGAUGUUCCAUGUGCAACCAGGUGACUCCCCAAACUUUGUCGAACGUCUCUGUUGCCAAAAAGUGUGUUUGGAGCGGGUUUUGUGCUACGAGCCUGGCAUCAUAGGGGUCGUCCAGGUUGUAAACUUGGCCUACGAGAAAGAAGUGACUGUUCGCUAUUCUUUCACAAACUGGAAGAGUUGCACGGAAACCAAGGCUAACUGGGUUGCGAGCAAAUCCAUUUCGGAUGGAACUUGUUGUGAUACUUUUCGAUUUCAUCUUCAAGUUCCUCCGUUCAUCCUUCAUCCUGGUGCAGUGCUGGAGUUUGCAAUCUGUUAUAAAGUCAUGGGCACUCAGUUUUGGGAUAGCAAUGAUGGACAGAAUUACAAAUUAACCUGUCAGAGUUAUAAUAUGCCUGUGCCAAAGGAAUGUGAAGACAGCAUGAUACACUUUAUCUGAGGGCACUGUUAGAAUAAACUGUUUAGAGCACUGCAUGGUUUCACAUUCUUUACAUUAUUUGCAGCCAGCAAAAUGAUCACCGUAUACUGUAUGACUUUAGUAUCUUGCUAGUUAUAUUCUAACCCUAACUCGAAGCUAUAUGAAAUGACCGUUAAACAAAGAUUUAUGACUGUUAAAACCAAAUGUAGCACUGAUAGUUUUCACCUGAUGACGUAUGCAUGUGACUUUACAGUAUUUUUGUAUGUUUUUUUGCUUUGCACUCUUUUACCUACUUUCAGUUUGCAGUUCAUUUUGAUAACAUUUGUAAUGUAAAGGGGAAUAAUAUAAGCACUGAUGUUUAUGAAAUAAAUAAGGAGAAAAAGUCAA